GAUACAUCUGGGUAAAAGGUUGGAAGAACUGGAUGGAAGCUCAAGACUACUGCAGACAGAAUUACAUAGAUCUGCCCAGCAUCCACAACUCUGAAGAACAAUACCAGCUCAAUAGUACUGUUCCAUCAGUAUCAUGGGUAUGGAUUGGUCUUUUCCAGGACUCUUGGGAAUGGUCUGAUAAAUGGAGUCGCUCCUUCAGACACUGGGCAGCAGAUCAACCAUCCCAGAGUUCAGCAUCUGGUGACUGUGUUGGCAUGUCAAGAGCCAAUUCUGGGAAAUGGGCUCAAUACAGCUGUGAUCUAAAGCAGCCUUUUAUCUGCUAUGGUGUGGCCAAGUUUCAAUCUCAAGAGUACCACUACAUGAAUGAAAGCAUGACCUGGCAAGAAGCUCAGAGUUACUGCAAAGCGAGAUUCAAUGAUCUGGCCACUGCUGACACCAUGAAUGAUGUGAACAGGCUGGUAAAUACAGUGGAUCCUGGAUACAGUGGUUCAGUAUGGAUAGGUCUCCAUGCUGAGACCGAGUAUCGCUGGGUCUGGUCUAUGGGGGACAGUGUGCUCUCCCAGGACAGUAUGUGGCAUCCAGGACAACCAAAUGGUGAUGGGGAGUGUGUGAUGAGUUUAAAUGGAAGCUGGUAUGAUGAGAGCUGCAGCACUGUUCUCCCAUUUGUGUGUUUCAAUGACAGCACUGGUUUCAUGAUAACAAAGACUGCAGUGUCAUGGAGAGAUGCUCAGAGUUAUUGCAGACAACACCAUACCGAUUUGGCGAGUAUCAGCAGCCCAGAGCAGCAGAAUCUAAUCAGUGAUAAAUCAUCGCUCUGGAUUGGUCUGUUUCUGGACUCUUGGGAAUGGUCCGAUCAGAAGAGUCUCAGUUUUAGACAUUGGGAAGCAGAUCAACCGUCCCAGAGUUCAGGAUCUGGUGAUUGUGUUGCGAUGUCAAGAAAAGAAUCUGGAAAAUGGGCUCGAUAUAGCUGUGAUCUACAGCAGCCUUUUAUUUGCUAUGGAGAUGACAAGUUGAUUAGAAAACAGAUAGCCAAACUGAAAUUUUCCUGCACUGGAAAAUGCACAUUGAGCGAUCCUUCCCUACAGAUGGCUAUUCUGAAUGAGUUAAGUGAAAAGCUGAAGAGCAUGGGACUGGAAAGUGACAGAAAAUUAAGCUGGAGAAAAAAUGAAGAUGGAGAGGUGUUUCAUCGGGAGAACAAAUCCAUAUCCAGUUCAACUGAUUGUAAUUUUCAGUAACAUUUAGCAGAAUCCAAAACAGUAGAACAUGUUUAUUUUAUUUUUUUCUUGAGAUUUCAGUUACUCUUAUUGUA